AGCCAUUUGGCCCAGAAGCGACGUGUGAUGCCCGUAUAGUUAUUGUGUGCCCGUCAAGACGCAGUGAAAGAGGCGCGCGCUUGAACCUGCGCCUUCACACAAUUGACCUCAUGGCGCCCGUACAGGAGCGCUCUCGUUGCUUCAAUUUCAGCGCUGGCCCCGCAAUGCUUCCGGACCUGGUUCUGGAUAAGAUUGUUGGGGAGCUGGGCGACUACGAUGGCUUGGGGAUGAGCAUCUUGGAAAUGGGGCACCGAGACGCCGGUGGGCCAGUUCAAGAAGUCUUGCAGGAGGCCACGGACUGCGUCCGUCACAUCCUUGGCGUCCCUUCCAAUUAUGCGGUCAUUUGGCAACAGGGUGGUGCACAUGGACAGUUCGCAGCUGUGCCCCUUAACCUUCUAAGAGACAAGACGCAGGCCGACUAUGUGGAUACCGGGGUUUGGUCCCGGCGGGCAAUGAACGAGGCGCGGAAGUUUUGCACUGUGCGGGUCUGUGCAGAAUUGAGAGAGGAGGGUGGAAGACUGGAAGUUCCUCCAGUCUCCGAGUGGAAUUUGUCAGAUGAGUCUGCCUAUGUACAUAUUUGUGGAAAUGACACAAUCAGCGGCGUCGAGUUCCUUGAGGAUCUCGACCUCGGUGAUCGCCUUCUAGUGGCCGACUUCACCUCGACCCUCCUUUCGCGCCCGGUGAACAUCUCCCGGUAUGCCGCAUUGUACUGCUCUGCGGGCAAGAAUUUGGGCCCAGCGGGCGUUUGCCUUGUCGUCGUUCGCAGGGACCUGUUGGAUUUUGCCUUGCCGCAGACACCUAUGGUCUUGCAUUGGAAGGCAGCGGCGGAGACAUCUCCGAUCCCGUCACUGGCCAACACGCCCCCAGUCUUCUCGAUCUUUGCUUGUGGCCAUGUUCUGAAAGGCUUGCGAAGGUCCUUCGGCGAUGUGGGGACCUUGGACAAUGUCAAGCGGCGCACACAGCGCCGCGCAAGCGCUGUCUAUAAAAUCAUCGACGAAUCAAAUGGAUUUUACAUUAACAAGGUCGCAUCCGCUGUUCGCUCGCAGACCACGAUUUGCUUCACCUUUGGCAGGGAUGCAACAGUGCAGCGCCAGUGGACAGGUAGCAUCACCGACACUGUGAAGCCUACAGAUCUUGAAGAGGGUUUUAUGCGAGAAGCCAAACAGCGAAGAAUGAAUGGCCUUGCUGGUCACCCAGCUUUUGGAGGCAUCCGGAUUUGCCUAUACAAUGGCCUGCCAGAUGAAGCUGUGGACGAGGUCCUCCGCCUCCUGCGGGACUUCGCUGUGGCAGAGUCAGGUGGCCUGGAAAAGAUCUGCAACUGCAAGGUAAUUACUUGCCUGGACACCUGUUCAAGAAGCAUCAAGGCAAUCAAGGAGGAACACCCGACAGCAAGUCCGACGAGAAGCUGUUUGGAGCACAACUUGCGGCCGAUGCCAGUCCUUUGAUCAAAGCCUCAAAGCCUUGGUGCUGCUACGCCGCAACUUGCGAUGGACAUGAGUGCAGUGAGCAAGUGGUUUGACUUGCGGCUAGAGCAAUCUUCAAAGGGCUCCGGAGCCGCGCUGCUUUGUUACAAGGAAUGCGCCUCCAAUAUCA